CAACGAGGCCUGGCCAUUUAAUAUUUGAUGGCUUCUCAUUAUAUGUUCCGAGCGGCACAACUAUGGCCAUAGUGGCAGCGGGAAGUCGACUGUGAUUAGUCUAGUUGAGAGAUUCUAUGAUCCUUAAGCCGGUGAAGUGCUUAUAGAUGGGAUCAACCUGAAGAAACUGAGGCUCAGAUGGAUUAGAGGAAAAAUCGGACUUGUUAGCCAAGAGCCUGCUUUAUUCACAACAACUUUCGGAGAGAACAUCAUGUAUGGUAAAGAAAAUGCAACACUCGAAGAGAUCAAGAGAGCAUCCGAGCUUGCUGAUGCCGCAAAUUUCAUUGACAAGAUGCCCAAUGUGCUUGACACAAUGGUUGGUGAGCAUGGAACUCAACUAUCUGGGGGACAAAAGCAAAGAAUUGCGAUUGCACGGGCAAUCUUGAAGGAUCCUAAGAUCUUACUUCUUGAUGAAGCAACAAGUGCAUUGGAUGCAGAGUCUGAGCGCAUCGUUCAAGAAGCACCGAAUAGGAUCAUGUUAGAGAGGACCACUAUUAUUGUUGCCCACCGUCUGAGCACUGCAAGGAAUGCUGAUACCAUAUCAGUUGUGCAUGGGGGAAAAAUUGUAGAAUAAGGUUGAAUUCUAGCACAUCCCUAACACUUAAU